AUUAAGCUGGGGCGGUAUGCCUUGAAGCUGCGACUCUGGAUGUGGUUGCAGACUGAGGACAUACGUCUUCAAGCCCCAGACUUCUAUUGCAAAAGUUGUUGAGGGAGCAGGCAGCGUCGCCUCCAUCCUGGCUGUUGGCUCGGGCAAGCCCCUCGAGGAGCUGGCAUGGGGAGCCUCAGAUUCCUGUCCCCCAAAGAGGAGUCUCAGUUCCAGCACCAGGGCGCAGUGGAACUGCUGGUCUUUAAUUUCCUUCUGAUUCUGACCAUCCUCACAAUAUGGUUAUUCAAAAACCACCGAUUCCGUUUCUUGCACGAAACUGGAGGGGCCAUGGUGUACGGUCUCAUAAUGGGAUUGAUUUUACGUUACGCUACAGCACCAACUGACAUUGAAAGUGGGACCGUCUAUGACUGUGGGAAGCUGGCUUCUGGUCCAUCAACACUUCUAGUUAAUAUCACUGACCAAGUUUAUGAGUAUAAGUACAAAAGACAGGUCAGCAAACACAAUAUCAACCCUCAUCAGGGCAAUGCGAUGCUUGAAAAGAUGACAUUUGAUCCAGAAAUCUUCUUCAAUGUUUUAUUGCCCCCGAUUAUCUUUCACGCUGGAUAUAGUUUAAAGAAGAGACAUUUUUUCCGAAAUUUGGGAUCAAUUUUAACAUAUGCUUUUUUGGGAACUGCAAUUUCCUGUAUUGUUAUAGGGCUAAUAAUGUAUGGCUUCGUGAAGGUGAUGGUACACAUGGGACAGCUAAGAAGUGGAGACUUUCACUUCACUGACUGUUUAUUUUUCGGUUCAUUGAUGUCUGCCACAGAUCCAGUGACGGUACUGGCUAUUUUCCAUGAACUACAUGUUGAUACUGAUCUGUACACACUGCUUUUUGGGGAGAGUGUGUUGAAUGAUGCCGUGGCCAUAGUUCUCACAUAUUCUAUAUCUAUUUAUAGUCCCAAGGACAACCCAAACGCUUUUGAUGCUGCUGCGCUCUUCCAAUCUGUUGGGAACUUUCUCGGAAUCUUUGCCGGAUCGUUUGCAAUGGGGUCUGCCUAUGCUGUCGUCACAGCUCUGUUGACCAAAUUCACAAAGCUGUGUGAGUUCCCCAUGCUAGAGACGGGUCUGUUUUUCCUCCUGUCGUGGAGUGCCUUCUUGUCUGCAGAAGCUGCAGGUCUGACAGGAAUAGUGGCUGUUCUCUUUUGUGGUGUCACACAAGCCCAUUAUACCUACAACAAUCUGUCGUCAGAUUCCAAAAUGAGAACAAAACAGCUGUUUGAGUUCAUGAACUUCUUGGCGGAGAAUGUCAUCUUCUGCUACAUGGGCCUGGCGCUAUUCACGUUCCAGAAUCACAUAUUUAACGCUCUUUUUAUACUCGGGGCAUUCUUAGCAAUUUUUAUAGCAAGAGCCUGCAACAUCUAUCCCCUCUCCUUCAUCUUGAAUUUGGGCCGGAAACAGAAGAUCCCCUGGAACUUUCAGCACAUGAUGAUGUUUUCAGGUCUACGGGGAGCAAUAGCAUUUGCCUUAGCUAUUCGGGACACCGAAUCUGAGCCCAAACAAAUGAUGUUCACAACCACUCUACUUAUCGUCUUCUUCACAGUCUGGAUAUUUGGGGGAGGAACCACACCAAUGCUGACAUGGCUUCAAAUCAGAGUUGGUAUUGAUCCAGAUGAAGAUCUGAAGGCAGAUUCUUCACAGCAGGGAGGAGAUAAUUUGGACAGAAACCCUACAAAGGCAGAGAGUGCUUGGCUUUUCCGAAUCUGGUAUGGUUUUGACCACAAAUAUCUGAAACCAAUUUUGACUCAUUCUGGCCCACCGCUCACGACCACGUUACCAGAAUGGUGUAAUCCAAUUUCCAAAUUGCUGACUAGUCCAAAAGCAUAUGGGGAUCAUCUGAAGGAGGACGACACAGACUGCAUCGUGACUCACGACGAACUGGCCAUGAACUUCCAGGAGCAAACCCCCUUGCCCUCCAGCCCCUCUGCAGGGUUGGAGCAGGACCCAAAAGCCUCUCCAAAGACUCCAAGCAAAGAAAACAUUUACGAGGGGGACCUUGGGUUAGGCGGCUAUGGACUUAAGCUUGAACACACUGCUGGUCAAUCCCAGCUGAAUUCACUGGCAUGAACCUUGCGCCGGUAAUUACCAGUAAUGCUGGUGGAGAAUCGCGGAGGAAUACAAGCCCAGCUGAUUAGACAGAGCUGGGGAGACGCUGGGAAAUGUAUUAAAAGCAUAAAUCGAAGAGAAUCGAAAUCUUGUCACAUGUAACCCCCCCGGUGCCUGAAGAAAUGAGAAUUUAUGAUCAUCCCUCCGUAUUAUACAACUGAAUUUAACUUCUGACAGCAGCAAUUUUUAAUAAUGAAUUGGGGGGAGGGAAGGGUCAAUAAUGUAACAUCUCCAAGGGUGACACUGAUACAUCCAUGCCUGCCAAUGUGUCCUCUCCGUCUGCUUCUCCCGGAGCACUUGACUCAGAUUGGGGAUUUGAAUCUCCUGAUUAGAGAUGGAAGGAGGGAGGAGGAGGAGGAGGAAGAGGAGGGCUUCAAAGGUAUUUUACCAGUUGCUCCUGAGUAUCCAGCUUUUUAGCUGUUGGAGAUUUUUGCUGACUGUGGGUGGGUGGGAGGAUUAGGAUGGGCAGGUUUUUGUUUUGUUUUGUUUUUUAAAGGGAUAUAUACAUUUGCACAUAUUGCUUUGGAAAACAAUACUCAGUUCAGGGUCUGAGCAUUUUAAUAAUGCCCAGCAUUUUAUCUCCUUUUACCCAGUCUUUUCCGUACCCGCCCCAUGCCUGGAAUCCAUUUUUUCCUCACCAACCCCUAGCUUCCUUCAGAGCACCCUAGAGGGCCACCAUCUAUGUAAAGCAUUUCCUGAGCAUCCCCUCACUUAAAAAAAAUUUUUUUUAAUAUUCUCCCAUUCCUCCAAUUAGCCGGUAUUUGCUUAUCUGUGUGCAUGCGAAAUCCCUCCCUUUCCCCACCCCCAGACUAUAAACCCCUUGAGGGCAAGGACU